GUCGGACCGGAUGAACUUUAGUUGUUGGCGGCACCAUUGCGGAGUGCGGACGGAACCGAACGCAGGCGCAAAAUACCAAAGCAUAAUACACGAGGAACCCUUCACUUCAAUAGAGUAGCCACACUAAUCUGACAGGAUGCUUUUCGUUUGAAAGCCGAAGCUCUUCACUAUUCAAGCCGUGUUGGCCAUCAUCUGACCAUCUUCAGAUUGAGUCCAAGCCAAUUAAUGUUCCACACAGUCUGGGCAUCAUGUCGAAUGCUGGUACAGCAUCACAUAAACCUGCCAGGAACACACCGCCCCGUGGAUCCAAGUCCAAAGGCCUCAAAGAAAUCCACAUAGAUGAAGAAGUCAAGAUAGCUGUGAACCUUUCCCUGGAGAGGUUUCGCUACAGUGACCAGAAAGAGAUGGAAUUUCCCUCUUCUCUGUCCAGCACGGAAAGGGCUUUCAUUCAUCGAAUGGCACAGUCCCUGGGUUACAUUUCAAAGAGCAAAGGGAAAGGACCAAAUCGCUCCCUCACCAUCAGGAAGAAGAACGGUUCAGAAAAACCUCGGCCCACCAUGCCCCUCACGCUCUCCCACAAUUCCUUGUAUUUCAUCCGCAGCCUACUUCAGAGGUUUCCCAUCAGCAACAAGGAACGCAUCGACAUGCAGCCCAGCAACAAAAGUGGCAUGUCUGUGGCUUCAGAACCUGACAGCAAUUGUGAAAGGACUAGGGCAAGCGGGCGCCUUAACAACGGGAUACCAAUGGUGCCUCGGAGGAGGAGUCCAUCGGAACUGGACAGUUUUCGACGAUCCCUGCCUGUGCAUGAGCGCCAGAAGGAGAUCAUACAGCUCAUCAGAGAAAACAAAGUGGUGUUAGUGAUGGGAGAAACCGGCUCUGGAAAAACAACACAGAUCCCACAGUUCCUGCUGGAUGAGUGCAGCAGGAAUGGAGAGCCCUGCAGGAUCUUCUGCACUCAGCCCAGACGCCUGGCUGCCAUCGCUGUGGCUGAGAGAGUGGCAGCUGAGAGAGGGGAGAGUGUUGGCCAGACUGUUGGUUAUCACAUCAGACUAGAGAGCAGGGUGUCCCCCAAGACGUUACUGACCUUUUGCACCAGUGGAGUAUUCCUCAGGACGUUGAUGGCUGGAGACGCCAGCCUGACAACUGUCACACAUGUCAUUGUGGACGAGGUGCAUGAGCGUGACGGUCUGACUGACUUCCUGCUCACAAAGAUGCGGGAGGUGCUUCAGAAGAUCCCCACAUUAAAACUGAUCCUCUCCAGUGCAGCUCUGGAUAUAGAGCUGUUCCAUCAGUACUUUGGCUCCUGCCCUGUUAUCCACCUCAAAGGAAGACUGUUUGAAGUAAGGGAACUCUUUCUGGAGGACAUUCUGAGGCUGACGGGCUUUAACAAUAAGGACUUGAGGAAAUACAAGGAAGAGACACAGAGAAAGGAGAAGAAGCAGAAACGUUUGAUGGAGUGGUGUGAGGCGGUAGAGAGCGGUUCUGCUGAGACACAGAGGUCAGAGGUGUCUGCCCUAGGCUUCCUUCAGGACAGCAGUUACGUGGACAGAGGGGACAACACCUUUAACAAGCCGCCUGACAAUGAUGCAGAACAGCUGGAGCCGUGGCUGCAGAAGGAGAUGGACUCUUGCAUAUCCAACGUCUUCCUCAAUGAAGACCAGGAUGCUUUCAUUCAACUCUUCAACCUAAUCCUCUAUGAAAAUGUUAACGUGGACUACAGGCACAGUGACACAGGGACUUCUCCUCUGAUGGCCGCAGCAGGUCGAGGGUUCCUCACACAGAUGGAGCAGCUGCUCAACAUGGGGGCGGACAUCAACUUGAAGGCAUCCAAUGGCUGGACAGCCUUAGACUUUGCCAAACACUUCCAGCAGAUGGAUGCCAUGGAUCUACUCAAAUCUUCCAUUCCUUUGGGGGAGGUGAGCAAACUGGGUGAGUCCACUCUGGUGCAGUGUGGUAGUGCUGAGAUGAGCACCGAAGAGCAGGAGCUGCUGAAACUGUACCACCACAGUUUUGAUGAUGAGUGGGUGGACCUGGACCUCAUCAUGGAUCUGCUGAACAACAUCUGCUCCACCACCAGUGAGGGUGCUGUGCUGAUUUUUCUCCCUGGAUACGAUGACAUAGUGGCACUCAGGGGUCGCAUCCUAUAUGACGAUAAGCGAUUCUCAAACCACUCUGAGAGGUACCAGGUGUUCACUCUACAUUCAGACAUGCAGACUCUGGAUCAAAAGAAAGCCAUGAAGACUUCUCCACCUGGUAUCAGGAAGAUAAUUCUUUCUACUAACAUUGCUGAGACAAGCAUCACCAUCAACGACGUGAUCUUUGUCAUUGAUUCAGGAAAGGUCAAAGAGAAGUCCUUUGAUACCCUCAGUCAUGUGUCCAUGUUAAAGACGGUUUGGAUCUCAAAAGCCAGCGCUCUGCAAAGGAAGGGAAGAGCUGGGCGCUGCAGACCAGGGAUUUGCUUCCACCUCUUCAGUCGCCUCAGGUUCAACAACAUGCUGGAGUUCCAGGUUCCGCAGCUUCUGCGGAUGCCACUGCAGGAACUGUGUCUGCAGACCAAACUACUGGCCCCCUCUUCCUGUCCAGUAGCGGAGUUCUUGUCCAAAGCUCCACAGCCUCCUGCUGCACAUGCAAUCAGGAACGCUGUGCAGAUGCUAAAGACAAUAGAUGCUAUGGACCAGAAUGAAGACCUGACUGAUCUGGGCUACCACCUGGCAGAUCUGCCUGUGGAGCCCCACCUGGGCAAGAUGGUGCUGUGCGCUGUGGUGCUCAAGUGUCUGGACCCCAUUCUAACCAUUGCCUGUAUUCUGGCCUAUCGGGACCCCUUCAUCCUUCCCGCCCAGGGAUCUCAGAAAAGAGCUGCUCUACACUGCCGCACACGUUUCACUUCCAACACCUUCAGUGACCACAUGGCCCUGCUGAGAGCUUUUCAGGCAUGGCAGAAGGCCCGCAGUGACGGCUGGGAGAGAUCCUUCUGUGAGAAGAACUUCCUGUCCCAGGCCACCAUGGAAAUGAUACUUGGCAUGAGGACACAGCUGCUGGGACAGCUCCGUGCCAUUGGUUUUGUGCGAGCCCGGGGGGGCAGUGACAUCCGCGAUGUGAACCUAAACUCUGAGAACUGGGCUGUGGUGAAGGCUGCGCUAGUGGCCGGCAUGUAUCCGAACCUGGUCCAUGUGAACCAGGAGACCUCCAUGCUCUCUAGUAACAGGGAGAAGAAGGUCCACUUCCAUCCCACAUGUGUCCUGAGCCAGUCCCAGUUAAAGGAGAACAGCCCAGCCAAAGUGGCCCCGGCCCUUCCAACAGACUGGCUGAUCUACGAUGAGAUGAGCCGAGGCCAUAGGAUGGCCAGUGUUCGCUGCUGCUCCUUGACGACUCCCAUCACUGUGGCCAUAUUUGGAGGGUGUGCCAAACUACCCAGCUCAGCCCUGCAGGAACCUGCUGUGCAGAGAACUACUGACAGUCUGGUUGACGUCAGUGACAGUGAGACGGAGGAUCUAGCUGAGAUGAAGAUUGAUGACUGGCUCCUCUUCCAAGUGGAUAGAGAGGCUGCAGGACUGGUGUUUGAACUGAGGCAGAAGUGGCAGAAUUUGUUCAUCAAGAGGAUCCGUUGUCCUUCAAAGCCCUGGUCUCAACAAGACGAGGCCAUUAUCUGGACUCUGGUGUCUGUGCUUGCAGCAGAGGAGCAGGGAGCCGGCCUGCAGCAGCCCACGGGGAUUGGCCAGCGGCCCCGGCCCAUGACAUCAGAGGACGGGCCUCAGGCUUCUGGGAAGAAUUCCAGGCACAGCCCCCAAACCCCGACCAAUACUACCAAUGACAGGUCUUGUAGGAUGCCAGCAACCUCAAGCCUGCUACAGAUGAAAGCCCACAGCAGAGAAGAGGUCUCACUACCCAUAAAUCAGCUAUCUGAUGAACUGCACUCCUCCAGUAAUUCUUCCUGCUCUGCAACGUUGGACAGUCCCUCUGACAGCCCCUGUCCUUCCUCCUCAGGAAAGAUCUCAAAGCCAAUGUCUCCUGAGCUGGUCUUUUCAUCAGUGCGGUACUUCAUCAUGAAGAGCAGCAGUGUCAGGAACAUAGAGAUAUCUCAGCAGAAAGGGAUCUGGUCCACCACACCCAUCAACGAGACCAAACUCUCCAAGGCCUUCCUGGAGAAUAACCUCAUCAUCCUCAUCUUCUCUGUUCAGGGCUCCGGACACUUCCAGGGCUAUGCUCGCAUGACAUCAAUCAUCAGUCGGGAGAGUUGCCAGGACUGGGGCUUCAUGGGACUAGGAGGGGUUUUCAGUGUAGAGUGGAUUCACAAGGACAGUGUUCCUUUCCAGUGCACUCAACACAUCGUCAACCCUUGGAACGACAACAAGAAGGUCCAGAUCAGCAGGGACGGACAGGAGUUGGAGCCCCAAGCAGGCAGCCAGCUGUUGUUACUGUGGGAGAGAAACUCAGGGAAUCAAGUCUAAUAAGAGGCAGCAGUGGAGCACCUCUCUGCACCAUGUUGCUUUCUUCCUCCACCUAAAUCUGACUCAAACUACGUGCAUCUAUUUUGUACUGAUAGAAACAUGUAUUUUUCUAUCAGAUCUAUUAGAUAUUACGUAACUAUUAUUUUGACUGAAACAGUUAAGACUGCAGUACCAGUUGAGGCAAGAAGACAGGACAGUGGAAUAAAGACUUCAAUUCAUUCAUUUGAAAGUUCAGCUGUAGCUGUCUCCCGUUUCUGUGUUUUCUCUAUUUAAUAAGUAUGUUCUCAGUUUUUUUCUUGGGUUUAAAAUGGUAAUGGUAAUGUUCACAAUAAAAUGUCGGUGUCUCUGUGGACGUUCUAAAGAGGAUUUGUUUUUUAUUCCGACAUAAAUUACAAUGGAUCAAAUGUUUGCAUUGCUAAUUUGAUUUGAUAAAUACAGAAGGUAUUACAGUUUGUUCAGAUUGUUGUAAUGAUGUUGACUUAGUUUUUAUGGUAAUGUUUUGAGAGACUGACAUAUGUACACUUUUUACAACACAUCAACAGUGCUUAUAUGAACAUCUGGAAAGAAUGUCUAAGAUGGUGUCUUAGAAUAGUUGAUGUUUUAAAGUGUGUUUUGAUGUUGGAGUGCCUCAGAAUCCACUAGGCAUCAUCAUAAUAUUUAUGUGACCCAUUGUUACACAUUUGUCUUUUUUUUUCCUGGGAUGAAGACAGAAAAAAAUUGUAAUAUAUGUUGUUAGCAUUUAAAAGGGAACUUUAAACGUGUUCAUUUUGCUGCUGCAUGAGGAGAGCUAAAAAGUGACCUUUAGACUGUUGAUUCAGGCAUCCUCAUGAUUGUGUUAAUGGGUUGACAAAAUAAAUGAAUUCAUCUUAAAA